CAGCUUUAGAUCUCACGGCAGCAGCUUCUUCCACACAGCGUGAGCAUUUCCCUACUUCAACCGGAGAGCCUCCAGCUUGUUCGCCGUUGGUCGCCGUGGCCUGUCCGAGACGCCAGCUUACAUUCGCCAGCUCCGCGCUGCAACAGUCCUCCGAAACCGAACAAACCACACGUCCUCUUUGGAAAACACCACGCACCAUGCCCAUGGAGAAAUACGAGUACUUGAGCGAUGUGUGGAGGGACGGUAUUUUCGAUAACAAAGUAGUCUUCUGCACCGGCGGAGCAGGCUCAAUAUGCUCCGCUCAAGUCCGCGCUAUGGUACACCUCGGUGCUAAUGCCUGCAUUAUCGGACGCAAUGUCGAGAAGACGGAGAACAUGGCCAAAGACAUCGCAACCGCAAGGAAGGGUGCAAAGGUGCUCGGUCUCGGUGCUGUGGACGUAAGGAAACCAGAGGCGCUUGUCGCCGCCGCAGAGCGUUGUGCGAAGGAGCUGGGCAGCAUAGAUUUCGUGAUUGCCGGUGCAGCAGGCAACUUCCUCGCUACUAUCGAUCAGAUAUCGUCAAACGCGCUGAAGUCGGUCAUGGACAUUGAUGUGCUGGGUUCCUACAAUACACUGAAAGCUACUCUACCUUACCUGGUCGAGUCAGCAGAAAAGUACAAAGUAGACGGCAAGACGCGCCCCAAAGCUGGCACUGGAGGACGCAUAAUCUUCGUCAGUGCCACCCUACACUAUUCAGGUACACCGCUGCAGAGUCAUGUCUCUAUCGCCAAGGCAGGUGUCGACGCCAUGUCGGUCUCUGUGGCCAUCGAGCAAGGACCGAAAGGCAUCACUUCAAACGUGAUUGCGCCGGGCCCCAUCGCGGACACAGAGGGCAUGGCGCGUCUGUCUACAGAUGACAGCCGCAAGGAGACGCCUCGCCUGAUCCCGUCCCAGAGAAUGGGCUACGUCAAAGAGAUAGCAGACGCCACCGUCUACCUCUUUUCGGACGCUGGAAACUUUGUCAAUGGCGAGACGAUCGUCGUGGAUGGCGGUCAAUGGCACACACAGAGCAUCGACAAAGGCGCCUUCAAGUAUCCCGACUUCCUGCUCUCAGGAGAGACGGUGACGGGGGUGGCUGGCAUGAAGAAGUCGAAGUCCAAAUUGUAGAUAUCAAAUACCAUCUACCACUCCGAGAC